UCCGCCCGUCGUGCCGCCGCCCCGCUCGCCUGCGCAGACAUGCACCGGCCAGGCGUCCCCCGAGUCCACGUCCCCGCGCAAGGGCCCUGAGUGCCGGCUGUGCCACCGCCCCCAUGAGCGCGCCUGGGUGCCCCUGCUUGCAGCGCUGAGCUGCCUAGGUCCGGAGCCGCCGGACGCCAUGCGCUGGGCCUGGGCCGCGGCCCUGGCCCUCCUCUGGCCGCAGCUCGUGCUCCUCGGGGGCGUCGGGGCUCGACGGGAGUCCAAGAGGCCGCGGCAGCCGGGCCAGCGCACCGAGUCCCCGAACGCCACCGUGUCCAACAGCGAGGGGCUGCCGGCCUCCCCCAAGCUCCCUGAGGCCUUGGGGCCUGAGUUCUCAGAUGCCCACAUGACGUGGCUGAACUUUGUCCGGCGGCCGGAUGAUGGGGUCUCAAAGAAACGAUGCCGAGGCCAGAACAAAAAGUUGCGAGGCCUCUCCGGCCCCCCAGGGCCUCCUGGGCCCCCUGGCCCCCCAGGCCCCCCCGGUGCGGAAAUCACUCAGGAGGCCCUGCUGAGGGAGUUUCAGGAGAUGCUGAAAGAAGCCACCGAGCGUCGGUUCUCGGGGCUUCUGGGCCCGUUGCUACCCGAGGGGACAGGCGAGCGGCUGGUGGCUGAGGGCUUCCACUGCCGGCUGAAGGGCCCCAUGCGGGUGGACAAGAAGACUCUGGUAGAGCUGCAUGACUUCCAGGCUCCUACAGCCCAGGGCGCCUUCCUGCGGGGGUCCGGCCUGAGCCUCGCCUCGGGCCGGUUUACAGCCCCAGUGAGCGCCAUUUUCCAGUUCUCUGCCAGCCUGCAUGUAGACCACAGGGAGCUGCAGGGCAGGGGUCAGCUGCGGGCCCGGGACACAGUGCGGGCACUCAUCUGCAUCGAGUCCCUGUGCCAUCGCCACGCGUCCCUGGAGGCCAUCUCAGGCCUAGAGAGCAAUGGCAGGGUCUUCACGGUGCACGUGCAGGGGCUGCUGGAGCUGCAGGCUGGACAGUACACCUCCGUCUUCGUGGACAAUGGCUCCGGGGCGGCCCUCACCGUCCAGAGCAGCUCCAGCUUCUCUGGCCUGCUCCUGGGCAUGUGAGGGCACCAGCCAGAGCUGAGAGGAGCUGCUGUGAAGAGGACUCUGUGAGGCUGUGGAGGGGCUGCCCGGCCCCCACUCCGCCCCGACCUUUGUUAUCUGUGGUCACAGCAAUAAAGAGCCCCCAGCCCUC